AUGAAGGUGAAGCUGCUUUUUCCGUACGCCGUGUCCUGCGUGUUCGGCGGCAUGUGCCGCGCCUGGGGCAUGGCUAUGGUCGGGCUCGACAUUAUGAUCUGCAUCGUCAAGGUCAUCUCUUUCACUACUGACCCCGAGGAGGCCCGCUUCUGGAUACCGAUCUUCCGCGUCUGGGUGUACCUCUGCAUCGCCGCCACGGUGGUCAUGACGUGCGUGUGCAUCGUCUGCUACAUGCCCGUGUAUGGGGUGUACGCCAUGAGGUACGAUCCGCCGCCGCCGCAGCCGGCAGUGGCUGCGGCGGUGCAGCUCCCACCUCCCCCUCCAGAGAUGGACAUGUGCUAG